AUGCCCGUCUCAAAAACUUUGAGAAAAGGAAGCAAAAUGGAGUUACCUUUGGAUGAGGAGGAUGGCACCUUCACCAAUAUCUCUUUGGCAGAUGAUUCAGAGUAUCUCUCACACCUCUCUUCAAAAGCAGAAGAAGCCCCUUCGACAAUGAUGAACGCCGAUAUGGAUGCUGUUGAGGCUGAGAAUCAGGUGGAAUUAGAAGAGAAAACACGGCUUAUUAAUCAAGUUUUGGAACUGCAGCACACACUUGAAGAUCUCUCAGCACGAGUAGAUGCUGUUAAGGAAGAAAACUUGAAACUGAAAUCAGAAAACCAAGUUCUUGGACAGUAUAUAGAAAAUCUGAUGUCAGCGUCUAGUGUUUUCCAAACAACUGACACAAAAAGCAAAAGGAAAUAAGGGUUGACUCACAGAUGUCAUGGUAUUGCUGCUGUCUUUUUUUUGUUGUCGUUUUAAUUGGCAUAGGCUACAUGAGCUAAAAUACCUUAGUUUGUGGCUUUAUUGGAUACCUGAAGAUUAUAAACUUCAGUGAUAAACAGAGUUAAGCACAUUAUGACAGGAGACGUAAGUUUGUGUAUUGUUACGAAUAAGCAAUGUGCAAAUGUAGUGUAGAGACUUACUAAACAUUUACAUUUGUUUUAAAAAUAAGCAUAUCUCGUUAAAAAUGGGAUUUAGUUUAUCAGGUUAAAAAAAGUCUGCUGGUGCUCUUUGAGGUCCUAGGGUAGUGUUCUAGACUAGAAAAUAAUACAGUUAUUGUGCUGAAAAGUCUUUUGGAUAAGAAGUCUAAUGCAUCACCUUUCUCACCUGAGAUAUAUUUAGAUUACAGUAUAGUACUGUCUGUAGUUCUGCAAAGCAAAUAUAAACAAAACCCUGUAAACUAGUUAGGAAUUUCUAUGUAGUAUUAACAGUAUGAUGUUAUUUGCAGGGCUUGCAUACAGAAAAACACUUGAAUUUUUUUGAGAAGGGAGAGGGUAAUGGAGGAGGAACAAGGUCAAACAACUUAGAUCAAGGAAUUACCAAAUUGAUGCACUAUCAGUGUUUGUAGCUUGUAAGACAUACACUUCAAACCAUUUUCACUUUCCUGUUUCCUCAAAGAAUGAUCAGGCACAGCAUCAGGAUGUAUGGUCUUCCUGAAGUAGUUCAGUUGUGAGAAAUAAAAAGCGGAGUCAUAAGCUUUACAGGCACAGGUCAACAAUGUUCCUCCUGCUGCUUGUGAACAAUCUGCAGUGAGGAACUGAGAACAGGUCUUACACCUUGCCACCUUUUACUUCCUUCCCCAAGUGCCAAACUUGUUUGCUUCAGGCCUUACAGCAAUUAUUUUCCUGCCCUAGAGUUUGAGCUGGUGAAGUAUAAGCUGAGGCACCGGACAAAAAUAUUUAAAGCAGAGGACUGCAGUGGAACAAAGGUGGCUUUUGCCUCACAAAUCUGUGCUGUUAUGAGCAAUGCCUAGUGUGAAGAUGCCCUGUUUUUUACCGUCUUCGCUGUUUGGUAGCAGAUUUUGAGAAGCUCAGUCCAGAUUAUGGGUCUGAGCACUGCCUGUAGAGGAGCAUGUCUAGUGUAAUCAUUGUUAAGAAAGAGAAGAAGCUGAAUUGCAAACAAUGAUGUAAAUUAUAGCAGUGCUCAGUUGCACCUGUUUCACCUUGCCAUACAUUGCAGACUUAUUUGUGGCUAUUACCUAGAACUGAGGUCUGUCUCUUCAGUAAUGAGGCCAUUGUACUUCAGCUUUUAACAAAAACAAACCACCAGUUCAAGGCCUUGCUGUAAUUCUAGAAAAUAAACCUAAGUGGAUAUAAGAAUAGAACAAAUCGCCCUCAAUCUCCAGGUUUCUUGACAGCCAACUACUGCUGUUUCUCAAGUGUAAGUUUGACAUUGUGAGGUGCCUCCCCAUCCCCAAAGGGAGGUCUCCCAUUUCACCGCAUUUAGGGUGACUCUCCUGUAUUCACUGGAGGAUCAGCAGUCAUAUGAUGGCAAACAAAGCACUAAUAGUUUUGUCUUGAGGGCUGUUUGCAAGUCUGAGUCAAGAAACUUGAUGAAACAGUUUUACCCACUGAUGGCUGAUAGCACUGUGUCAUGGGGUCCUGUAAAUGUACAACAUGAUUUUUAAUCUUGUAUGGACUAAUUUCCCACUGCCUAUCUCGUACUCUAAAUUCAUCCCAAGAAUUGCUAGCAGGUAGUGUGGAUCACAUGGUUAGUCCAGGGUUUGUGCAUGAAAGAAAGAAAACCACACCAAGCACUUGACUUCUGAAGAUGGCACUGCAUUACAGCUACCCUAGCUUUAAAGCCAUGUCACUGCACAUCCCCAUCUGCACUGUAGGAGAUCAAGCGGUAACAAAGCAUGCGCUUGUUAGACUUCAGCAAUUUCCCAAGAUAAGUAAUCUUAAAGUCAUGGGUUUGUAUUGUAAGAUUGGAUAGUGAUAUUUUAUCCAUCAGUGUGUAAAUAGUCACUUCAUUUUUCAUCCCACUACUGUGGCCUUUGUUUAACUUAUGAACAUUUUAAAGAUGUUGUAUUUCUGACU